AUGUUGAACAUCAGUUGGCAGCGCUCCCUGUUGCCGCCUUCCGCCCCCAAUCCUCUUCGGUCGGCGGGAUGUUGGUCUAGCCGGAGAUAUCUGCAUCACUGCCUUCAGCCGGUGCUUUGGUGCGAUCUAUCCUUUCUCGAUCAUCUGCUUGCCUCCCAAUUGAAUGUAGAUCGGCGGUACCAUCUUGGAAAACCCGUCGGCUCCUCCAGUGCUGAGACAAUAGACACAUCCAAAUCCCACGCAUUCCCAUCCCCAAUCUCCCAUUUGCCUCAUCACCAACCGGCACCAACAACCUCGCAUGGCCUUUCACAGCAUUCUCCAUUCUCGGUUUUGUCUCAUCAAUUUCACGAAUCAGUCGGCUUGUCUACAGGCCCACGGUCUCCACGAAACAUCUCUCUGGGCUCUCGGACACAGACUGUCCCGCAUCGUCAUCAACUGAAGGACUCGGAGUUUGAGUCUCGUCGUCGCAGCCACGAUCAGCACUUAGGACAGCGACAUUCGGCGCAUCAGCACCAUUGUCGAAAUGACCGACAUUAUCAUCGGUAUUCAAGACAGUUGAAUGAUGCGUCAGGAUCACAGAAAAGAAAAAUUUCUAUCAAGCCUCAGAUUGCAAGUGCAGGCGUCACUUUGGCCGGCUUUCAACAACUCGAUGAGUUGAUGAUUCAAGCUGAAGAGACGCAGACCAGCCUUACCGAAGGAACCGCCAGCAUGCUUGUCUGGGUGACGUUUGGAACUAAGUCUACGGCAAAAACGGGUGUAUCUUCAAACCAGACAGCUGACGGACAAGGUAGGUUCGUCUUAUGGCACCAAAUGAACUAUAAAACGGAUUCUUUAAGCGUGUGGUUGUCGAAAAGUUCGACUAUGAUUUCGGUUUUCAGUUCCAUUUAG